GGUGUAAUCUAGCCGUUAUCAUUUCAGGGGGGAGUGUACAGUACAAAUAUUUAGAUAUACAUGCACCUCGUAAUAGUGUCAUGGGUGAAAAGUUGACGGAUAUGACCUAUUAUACGAGCCCUUGUAGAGACCUUGUAGCGUACAGCCGAAAUGUCACCACACACACACACACACACGUGCUGUUAGUGAGUCUACGAGCCUGUCAGUAUCAACAAGGCCAUGCGUGCGGGCUGUCUGUUGCUCCCCGCUCAGCUCGCCAUUAGAAAGCCAGUGUGUGCAGGUCCCCACGCAGCCUCCAUGUACCAGUCCAAGCACUGCAGACUCCCCACCAGUGUGUUGUGAAGGAGGCCUGAGUUGGGCGACGGGCUCUCUUUCCCUGCCCUUUAAAUUCUGACUGCAGGGAAAGUUUAAGGGAACUGGUUGAAGGUUAAGGUGGCCAGGGCGGGUAUGCUGGUCUCGUGCAGUGAGGCAGGCCCUGUGGUGCGUCAGAAUUCAGUUCAGUAAGGAAGCACCAUGAUCAGUGGGUUGUCUCCUGUCAGCCAGGCCAUGAUAGGGACCCUCUUCACCUGGGGUCUCACGGCUGCUGGCUCAGCUGUGGUCUUCUUUCUGGCAGGAACUAAGAGAAAAGUUUUGGAUGGGAGCCUUGGGUUUGCUGCCGGUGUGAUGACAGCUGCCUCCUUUUGGUCCCUCCUGGCCCCUGCUAUAGAGCUUGCCGAGACAUCAGGAUCAUACGGUGCUGAGGGGGAGUGGGCCUUCAUACCUGUAGCCUUUGGCUUCCUCCUUGGGGCUCUGUUUGUUUACGCUGCAGAUGAGUUAAUGAGUUCAUAUGGGAUUCAGUCUUCCAAUAUUAUGGGAAUCCAGCCAGACAAGAAGAAAGAGGAUGAUGUGUACACAUUUGAGGCCCACACACACUACCACCACCCUUCCAUGUCAAAUGUCAGUGCUGUAGGACAGGGCUCCAGUUCUAAUGCUUUCACCUUGGUCGACUUCAACGACUUGAAGCAGCGGCGUGGUGAGGCGGGGAGCAGAGCGACUGGUGCUGUGAAUGACGAAGAGGACCAGAAUUAUGGCAAGUCCUCCAAACAUAACCUGUGGCGGCGAAUACUCCUGCUGAUCAUUGCCAUUACUGUGCAUAACAUUCCAGAGGGUUUGGCAGUCGGGGUUGGCUUUGGUGCAGUGGGCAAGACUCCUCUGGCCACCUUCACCAAGGCAAAGAACCUGGCAUUGGGCAUUGGGAUACAGAAUUUCCCUGAGGGCAUGGCAGUCAGUCUCCCAUUGCGAGGAGCGGGCCACUCAGUGUGGUGGGCAUUUUGGUAUGGGCAGUUGAGUGGGAUGGUGGAACCAGCUGCUGGGGUGCUGGGUGCACUGGCUGUGUCUUACUGUGAGCCAGUGUUACCUUAUGCCCUUGCGUUUGCAGCCGGAGCCAUGAUAUUUGUGGUCAUGGAUGAUAUUAUUCCAGAAGCACAAAUGGGAGGCAAUGGGCGGUGGGCGUCAGGCUGGUGUAUCGUGGGGUUCAUCGUGAUGAUGGCCCUGGACGUAGCCCUCGGCUGAGGUGCUGGUGGGGAGUGUGUAUCUUGUUGAUCCUUACCAGCAAUGCAUUUCUGUGUUAGCAAAUAUGAAACUAGUCUUUGGAGAAAGUAGAAAGCAAUUUGUGAUCUUACAGUCUUUAAAUGUGUACAUAAAAACACAUCAUGUGUAACAUUAUAUCAUUGACAAUAGUUUUGACAUUUUCAUUGAAUAUAGCAUAUUUACUUCAUUGACUUGAAAAAUAGUCUUCUUAGUAAUCACAAGCUUAGUAGUCCCAGCCAUCAUAGAGGCUUGGGACUGGCCUUUCAGGGACACACACAGACUGUAUUCAUUCAAUAUAUGUUUUGGGGCUUGCAAAAAAGCAUGAUCUUUUGAGUGGUGGAGCAUUCCAUGUGGUGGUGUGGAGAGCUGUGCCUUACAGAUGUAUCAGUCUGAUGCCACACCAUCACACCAGGAAUUACAACACUGGUUGUGGGCAAGAAAUGUUCAGAAUAUUUAUUUUUUAUUUCAUAGUGUCAUAUAUAUUUUGUGUGGUAAAACUGAAGGGCAGAGAAAUUGAAGCACCAUGGAUGUGGAUUAAGUGUGGCCUGCCAUCUGUGUAGACCACUAAAGUGUAAAGUGAUCAAACAUUUUGCCAAUCAAAUACUUGAACUGACUGCUUUGGUGAUCUUGAAGUGAAUAUUGGCCUAAAAUAUGGUUAACCUCUUCACUGCUGGGACGUAUUUUUAUUUUGGAUUUUUGGUGUGACAACUGUUUUUUGGCAUUAGGAAGGCGUUAUGGAGGCCAGAAGAGUAAUUCACACAGUUUUCACCAUUCUAACCUUCCAUAUAAUUUUCUGAAGCUGUAGGAUAUUGCCAAAUAGUAAACAGAAUAAGUAUGAAAACACGUCAUCGUACUGAAGAGGUUAACAGUGGACCUGUAUUGUGUUGCCUUCUGAAGUGGCACCUGAAGGCGUGAUGUAUCAGCUGAGUCACACUCCGUGCAGAUGUGCAAUCACUGUUUAUAUUUAAUUGAAACUUGCUGUGGUGCAGCUAUGUUAAGGCAGGUGUGGAUGUUGCAGGAGUAGGACAACUGACAGGUGGCCAGGGAAUAAGGAUAAUUGAUUUAUUGUGCAGUCAUUGUGCCAACACUCCCAUCUGUGCAAUCAGUACUUCUCUGUUUUACUUGCAAUUAUAUGGUCUGAUUGUGCUGCAGCUGCAGAAGUUUGUUGUUUACAAAAUGUGAUGAAAAGCACUGGUAAUUUCUUACAUUCUUCACAAAAUAGAGGCUUUGGCAAAGAGUUGUAAUACUUUCAGAUAUUUCUUCACUGGCAAAGUAUUCUCUCUCUCUCUCUCUCUCUCUUCGUACUUUUUUGUGAUAUGGCAUUAAAUCUGGUCUCUUGUGGCAAGAGUCCAAUUCAAUGAUAUAUGUUUUGUAGUGGCAGUGGUGAUAUGUGACAUCUCCUGGGGAAAUCCAGAUAUGUUUACCACAUCUUGGAGACAGUGCUUGAGUGUUCAGUAUGGCUUAGAUUCAAUGUAGCAGAAAGAAAGAUAAACAUGGUGGCAUAUGAAACAAUCAUGGACAUCAUUCCUCACUUUUGAAAACAAACAGCUACCACUCAUAGAUUUAACUCAGAUUAUAAUCUCAUUGUCACGUAAGUAAAAGAGUUAAAGAAUAGCCUGCACUGGUUCACCUCAUUCGGAUAUAAUUCUUCCCAUUACAUGAAUGAAUUGUCCUCAUGAGAUCAAUGGGGUAAAUUUGGGAGAAAUCUGUAUCAGUGAGCCUCACAAGUGGCUGCACUUUCAGGCUGAGGUCAGGUGAAGAGGGGAGUGUUGGUGCCCGUCAUGUACCCUGUGUGUCAUUAUUGCCUUUCAUGUACACUCAUGUGUAGGUCACACUAUCAUCCAUGCUUGAUGCUGCUACAGCCUAGGCUCACCAUCACCACUUCGUUUUUAUUUGAGGUCUCAUCCUAUGUCCAGAUACUGUAUCUUUUUUUUCCUUUUUUUUUUAUGUGAGGGAAUACCGGCCAAGGGCAACAAAAAUUGUGAUAAAAAAAAGCCCACUGAGGUGGCAGUCCCCAAACAAGUUCAUGUAGUUAUAAAGGGACUUCAAGGAUGGUAUAGUUUUUUUUUUUUUUUUUUUAAGUGAAAAAUGUAUGAGUAGUUAGAUAUAUGUAGAUUUGUGUGAAGGAAGAGAGUUGUCUCUGUUAUGCUUUGAGAUGUAUUUUCCACAGAAAACUUGCAGUAUGUAACUUGUCCUGAACUUACAUCUGUUGAUAAGUUUUGCAAAUAUUUUGCCUCAGUCCUUUUGAUUUCCAAGGUAUUCUGUCAAACUACUCAGCUUCUCACUUAGAGGCGUUUACUUGCAUUUACCUAUCAGUUUACAGAGCUUGUGUUCCUUAUGUUAGUUUGUGCAACAUCUGAACUUAAAUUUUUCAGAAUAAAUUCCUUUAUAAUUUUUAUUAAUUUCUUCCAUAACUUCUUUCAUGAUUUAUUCUCAUGUUUGUUUUCUUUAAAAUUGUUGUAUUGUUUAUUAUUUUGUGUGUGAAAUGUGAUGAGUAUGGAGUGUACACAUGUAUGUUUUCCUUGUGUCAGAAAGUGGCAAAUGAGAUGACUUGGGAAUUCUUCUACUAGAACUCCUGAUUCACUUUAACCAGUAUUCUUUCUUGGAUGAAUUUGAAAAGGCACAAUGUAUUUUAAAUAUAUAAUACUUUUUACUUUUAGCCAUAAAAAUGCCUCUUUACUGUGCACUCAUAUUGUUCGUGGAGACUCAUCUUAGAACGGUCCAGAAGGUUGAUGUGCUAUUCUCAGGAUGUGGCAACCUUGAUUCACUGGUGUACAACCUCACACAGCAAGGAAGGAGAAGACCACACAUGUUCAUGCCUUCUUCCUUCUCUCCAGAUUAAUUUCUCAUCUAAGUAUGACUGACUCAUUUAUUGUACAUGUUCUAGUGGUUAAUGUUGUAUCAUGUUGAGGCACAUGAUACAUCAGCUCAUUGUGUACUGGAACACCACUGGAAUUGAGGUGCCCAGCAUCAAGCAGGGACAAGCAAGAUUAUUGUACUUGUGCAUUAGAAUAUUACAAACGGUGACAAAAUGAGAAAAAGAAAAAUGUUAAAGAUAGAAGAAUGCUAUAAGGACCUUGGCAUUAUCUGUCAUGCUCAUGGGUUGUCUUAUAGUUGGCAAAAUUUAAUGGUAUUUCAAAGGUAUAAUUUAUAAAAAUAUUGAAGCUAGUACAUUCACAUUUCCUUUCAUGUUAUAUCUGUCAAGAAAUUUUAAAUGGUCUUGUGUUACCUAAUUCAGACCUUAUGUGGAAUUUCACCAGUUUCAUUUUGAUAUUGUACAGAUGUCACAAAUCUAAAUUCUUUCCAACUUUAUCUAAUGAACACGUGUAUCAAUCUUCAGGAUCUCACUUGCUAACCAUGCUUGUCCUUAUGUGUUGGUGGACAGUUGUGUUAGUGACUCCUCAUUGUGUGAUUAUUGGUCACAGUGUCUCUUGUUACUUACCUGGUUCACCUCAACUGUAUUUUCUGUCUUGGCUGAAGGUGUAGCAGCUUGUGAGAACUUUGGAUUUUGGUUCUCCUCUAUUUGUGUCCAGAUAUUCAAAUUUGUUACUAUUUAUCUUUCAUUAUUAUAGUUUUUGUUUAUGGGGAUUCUCUCUCUCUCUCUCUCUCUCUCUCUCUCUCUCUCUCUCUCUCUCUCUCUCUCUCUCU